CCGCCCCCUCACGCAAGCACAUGCACAAACACACGCACAUCCACACACACGCACGCGCGCACGCACACGCACAUGCAUCAUGGGGUUUCAAUCUCCUGACGAGUUGGUGAAAGGCCAACGAAUCAGUCUGGCACAGUCAUGCUUUUUCGGGGGGUUUGACACAAACACACGAAGUGUGUGUGUGCGCGUGCGCGCGCGAAAUAAAAAUAGAGCGAGAGAGAGAGAGGCACCCCACCACUCUGUGUUUUUUUUUUUUUUUUUUUGUAAUCAAACCCGGAACUUUUUUUUUUUGUAAUCAAACCCGGAACAGGAAGACGACGAUGAAGAUGAAAGAUAAGGAGCACGAUUUGCGAGGACAAGGACGUAAGUGGUGGAUAUCUAUUGUUUAUGGGUACGAGACAAGUGUUACCUGCAGAUUUCGGUUGAGCUCGAUAGCUGUUGCCUAUUGGAGAUUAUUUUCGAGAGGUGGCAAGGGUGCAGAAGUCAAGAAGCGAAGUGGUCCAGCUUUUCUGAGGCCGCGGGAGGGAGAGAGGGAGCAGGAAGGAGCCACGUCAGCAUUUGCGCGGGUCGAGAGUGCUUCAACUCCUAUCCAUCAGCAGUUGGUUACCAGGCUGCAGAAGUGGGCUAGCCUCGAGACUGUCGCUUACCUCAUUGUUUCUGAAGAGGGUUCCACCCAUCCAUCGACUCAUUCAUCCACCUGUAUACCCAUCUGUUGACGAACCUAAUGGACCACUCAACUUCCAAUUGCGAGUUAGGAAAAACGGCGGGGGAGGACGGAGGAGCUGUUGCAUGCCUGGGACAAGGAAAGUCCUCUGAGUGGUACCCUGUGGAAGAUCUCAGCACGGACCAGAUGAUGGUGGUUGAUUCCCGCACUGAGGCUAGAAGCGCACGGGGGCAAAUUGUGAGAAGUGACGACUUCUAUCAUGAUGAAGGUGCUGCCUGCAGCAGACGGGUGAAAGGAGAUGCCGAGGCGGCUGCUAUGGAGGGUAACACAGAUUGUUUGGGUAAUGGUAGUGAGCAAAUUGCACAUGGAGGAGACAAUGCUUGCACGUUUGCAGGGACACCCAGCAACAGUCUGAAUGCCCCGGAGAUCGCACAUGAUAACUCUGGCUGCAGUGGCACUGGAAGCAGUGGUGGUAAGGAAGGUGCGAAUGGAGAUAUUGGCAUGGGAGGUCAUGAUAAACAUGCGGAGGUAAUCUCCUGGGAUGAGAAUGUUGGGUCUGGCAAACCCGUCGCAAAUACUGACACGAGGUUCUCGGAAGAUGCUGAUGGUAGAUGCGAAGUAGAAGCUGACAUUGGCGCCAAGGAUGCUCUUUGCACAAAUGGUGGAAAUGUGUCUGCAGAUGUUGAUAUUGGCAUCAUCAGCAAGCCAUGUGUCAUGGAAUCCGGUGCAGUCAGGAUGAGCAGUGGCGAUCCAGAUGAUGGUCCUAAGGCAAGGGUCAUGUGCCCCAGCGGAAUGACAAGUUAUGGCGACAGUGCCCAUGAGCAGGGGCCAUGUGGAGAUCGGAAUGCAGCCUUUCGUUUUGCAGCAGACUUGGUGAAAGGUGAUGUAGCAACGGAAAAUGUUGUGCCCGUUGUCAGUGCAUCUGAUGAUGUCGCUGUGAUGAGUGCAUCGGGUGGCGAUCUUGCGGGAGCACCUGAUGUGAAUGACCCUGACCGUACCAUGGAAAGCCUCGUUGUCAAGGUGGCUGGUGAGGGAUCUGAUGGUAAGGAGGGUGAUUCACGUGCAACAGAAGCGGCCUCGGUGAAAAUCCAUGUGGCAGUGGGAAAAAGGAAUGGUUUGUCUGUGAUUGGUCAAUCGGAAGAUGUCGACACAACGAGUGUGUCGGAUGGGGAUGUGUGUAGGGCAUCCAAUAUCUCUGGUGCUGAUUGUUGUAGUAUAGAAAGUCUGGUUGUCAGGGGGAGUUUUGACCAAGGUCAAGGUAAGUUAGCUGAUUGCAGUACGGGUAUCAUUGGUGUUAAUGGGGAUGGUACAGGUGAUUUAAGUGACGGCGGUGAAGGUUCAGGUAGUAGAGAUGGGACAAGUUCUGGCAAGGUUGACCUUGCAGGAAUUUCUGGUAAUGGAAGGAGUCUCACUGGUGAUACUGUUGCCAGUGAAGAAAGAGCAGCGCUCUCCGGCUGUGUCCGACUGGCCGAGCUGGUAAGUGAUGGUGAUGGUAGUGCUGACAAUGAUAGGAGUUUAAACGAUGUAUCACACGAUCAUUUCACAGCGGAUUCUAGUGCUCCUGCCAGUGACAUGGCUGUUUGUGGGAAUGAACCGUCUGGCAAGCAAGAGGAUGCAGCUGCUGAUGGUGUGGUUGGCAUAGCCAGUGGAGGGGCAUCUAUGGUGAUCUCUAAGGAUGAUAGGUUUGGCCAGAUGAAGGAUCCAGGGUUGGAUGUUGCUGGUGCCGAUGCAGCGGAGGAUGGAGAGAGUGUACGCGAGCAGAUUAGCAGCGAAGCUCCUGGGUCAUCAAAGGUGACACAUGCCAGUAAAAGCGAGCAGAUGAGUGAUGGGGCUGCAGUGGAGAACAGCUAUGUGGAGGUCUUGGAGCCUUAUGAGCCAGGGCAGAAUGACCGAGCUGGAUCCUCUCGGAAUUGUGCAGUGGUUCCUCCUGAUAAUGGUGGGGACGAUGAUAGUGGAGGGAAACACAGCCGUCUUGAAUUGACGGUUGCUAUCCCUGAAGACCCCCCGGUUGAUGGAGACAGAUUUGCUACUGCUCCUGACCAGUAUAUUGAGCGCAGAGCUGAUGUAAGGGACCAUGUAUGUGGGGUUGAUAGUAGCAGUGGUACUCCUGUAGUGGCCACUAAUAGGGUUAGUUCCGAAGAUGAAACUGGCAUUCUUUUCAAUCACAAUAGGGCUGAUAGGAGCUCAAACGAUGGUGGUGCUGGUGCUGGUGCUGGUGGCCUUGAGCACUUCAAUUCCCAUAGGACUGCUGUGGUUGAUGGAUAUAUGAUGGAUACCAGCAAUGUAAAUAACAUUUGUGCUGGCUUGGGCGGGGAGACCGAGAUUAUUAGUGGUAUGGAACCCAAGCAAGUCUCUCCCUGGAAUGGUGGUUGCAGUGUGGAUGCUGAUGGAGCUAGCCUGAGUCAAGUAACCUCGGGAAAUACGUGUAACAGGGAUGUUGAGAAUGAGAAAAGCUUGGGUGCUGAAGUCGACAAAGGAUGCACCGUUCUUCACGUCCCCCAUGUGGAUGGUAUCAGCAACAGUGCUCCCUGUUUUGAUGUGAUAGUGCAAGAUAGGUUCGCUGUGACGCAUGAUGGAAAUGUGGUUGCCAGUGAUGGUGGCGCUCCCAAUGAUCAUCACAAAUGUGUCAGAGUUGAACAUACUGAUUCUGGGAACUGUGACGCUGCCCUGGGAAUCAAUGGAGAGAUUGGUCUGGAGAAAAGUGGGAUCAGGAGGGCCUGUCUGAUGGGUUCAGAGCAGGGGUUAGCUGUAAAUAGUGCAGGAAGUGUUGGCGGUAGUUGCCAAUCCUUUUGUGGUUGUGAAGUUGUUCAAGGGGCCAGCAGUUACACCGCGAGUUGUAAUCCUGAAGCUGGUUCAGGAACUGACAAUGAUCGCGGUGCAGGCUUGGAUGGCAUGGCUACUAGUUUGACGAAGUAUUUUGAUGCCAGUGGUGACGGAGAGGGCCAGCCUCCACAGAUUCACGGUCAUGACUCCAGCAAUAUAAAUGUUUCUUGUAAUCAGGAAAGAUAUGGGCGUGAUGACGCUGGUUGGUGCAGUGUUGUCAGUAAAGCUCAAAAUUUUUGUCAUGCAGGAGCUAAUGGUGAUGGCAGAGAAGCAUCAUUUUCCGCAGAUGCCACUGUUGGCGCUGGAGGCGAACCUAUGAAUGGUGGUGCUGCAGUAAACAGUGCUGCAGAAGGAGGGCAAUAUAAUGAUGGAGAAGGCAGUGAUGGCAACACUGGGGGGCCAGCCCCUUUGGCAUGCAUAACUCGUGAAAGUGAUGCAGGGGUCAUGAAACGGCCGCUUCUGGAUGGGGAUGGUGUGAUGCGCUGCAGCGCCAAGACUGGGGCAGAAGAUGCAGGAGGAUCUGCAGUUAACGGGCCUGCUCUGAUGGGCAGUUUGUCAGACAGACGAGAAGGCAUUCCACUCAGUGGACAAGUGACUGCAUGUAGGAAUGCAUCUGCUGCAGUCUCGACCUCUCAUAGCUGUGAUUUGCAACUGGUUAACUGUCAAACGCAUGUGGCAGCAGGUAAGAAUGGAAAAAAUGCUGACGAGGGUACUCGUUUUGAUGGAAGUGGUGGUGCUGCCAACCGUGCUGACGAUUGUAGAAAUGCAGGUCUGGAUGCAGGAUCUGUUCCACACAGGCUUGCCGAGUUUCAUGAAGGCAAGGAUGUCUCUAUGCCUGACAUCAUGUCGCUCGUGUCUGAUGUUCAUGCCAUGGACUCCCAAGAUGACACACUAGCCGGUGAAGAUCAAACAAAUUUCUUGAACAAUUCUCAUCCAGGGAGAAGUUUUGCCAUGGAUAUGGACGUAUGUGAAGUCACUCCGAAACAACAUGAUGAUGCUGAUUGUGAGCGCGCAGAUGGUGCUGUCAAGAGUGCCAAAGGUGCUUUAGUGAAACCUGUUCUUGAAGGUCAAGAAAUUGGAGCAUCGCAGGGCUUAGGCAAUUGUGAUGUUGGCAAUCUCAACAGCGAUGAUCUCAUUAGGGUCCACGAUGAAAGAUGUAUUCUAGCUGCAGCCAAUGAGUCUGUUGUUGAUGGCCAACUCGGUGAUGGGUGUGAGGGAAGUAGUGUGAAUGACAGAUUCAUUGCUUGUGGUAUGGAGUGUGUUGAUGGUGGCCUUGGUUGUCAUGAACGUGGUAGAGAUGGUGAUGCUUCGCAGUGUUGUGGCAACGGACUGACUGCUGACAAGGAUAGGCCAUUCAAGGAUACGAAAACAAGUCCAGAAGACCGCAGCACCAGAGAAAUUGCACAAACAGCUGGCUCUGGUGUUGGUGUCAGUGUUUUGCAUGUUACUGUCCCAGAUUUGGCUACUGGUGAUUGUUCUGUAGAAAUGAUAGUGGGGGGGGGGGGGUUAAAAGAUGUCCCCAAGGGGCUUAGUGUGGGUGAACAAAGCUCUGCACAUUGUAUACGUGAAGAUGCAGUGGGAAAGGAGGAGGUGGGCGUUCAGGAAGGGUGCAGCCCUGGGGGUCUGGAAGGACCUGAUAGAGCUAAAUUUCUCUCGAUGUGCAGCAAAGCUGUCAGUACGCUUGGAUGUCAAGCUGGUGAUCUCUGCACCGAGCCCAUGCAUCUUGGGAAUGGUGGGGAUACUUCUGCUCCUUAUGCCGCUGACGCUGUGCUCCACGAGGAAGAAAGCCCCGAGGACCAAACAGAGAGAGGUCAAAUGUGCAGUGCGGGAAGAGACACAUGUGGUUUUGGUAUGCAUGCCCCCGGUGCCUCAAAUGUCAACUGUAACUGUGUGAGGGAAGGCAGUGGUCCAAUUACGGAUACAGUUAAUUCUGUUGCAGGUACUAUUAAUUCUGGUGGUCGGCAUCUAGUCGACCCCAUAGCAGUUGAUGGUGGUGGUGAAGCGUGUGUUCAUGCUGUGUCUGACGUUGAAAGGCACGAUGCAGUUGCCUGUCUGGAUGAUGGAAAUGCAAGGAGCAGUGCUGAUGAUGGCACGAUUUUGGGCCUGACGAGUGAACAUGCCUACAACCCUGCGAUUUCCUGCAGAGGUGGUCAGGGUAGUGCCACAUCCAGUCUUUGUGCCUGCGACAGUCAAGCUAGAAAACAUGAGAGCCCAUGUAGCCAGAAAUGCAGUCCACCUGGUCGAACUCCUGGAGCAGUCAAAAAUGCUGGCAACGGUGUGGAGCAGUCCUCCGGGCUAGGUGGCGAACGUGAUGGCAGUCUUGGGGAUGAUUUGUUAUUUGCUGACCUUGUCACCAGUCGCGGUGAAGAGGCUCAGCGAGAACGUGAUGGGGAUGUAUCCAUGGCCCCAGUGUGUGACAGAAGUAAUGGGAUCUGUUCAGUUGUAAAGGAUGACAAGGCUUUCAAGGAGCUGUCCUUAGGAAGUAAUGCUUGCAUUCUUGUGGAUUCCCCCCUGCAUCAUGGUCUUCGCACUACGCCUUCCAAAAAUUCUGAGCAAAAUGGUGCUGUGGAUGUACAAAGUGCUGAAUUGUCCAAAACAGAGAGUAGGCAUCCACUAUCCCUAAAAUUUGAUGGUGCUGUUAAAGAGCCUCUCGUGUUAGGUGUCGGCCAUGCCACCAUCCUUGAGAAUAAGUAUGGUAGUAGUCCUCUCACAGAGUGUGAACGCAAAGAUGAUUUAUGUCAUGGUCAACGACUAGAGAGUAGUCGCAGUUCACGAGCAGCUAUGAAAGUUGACAAACCUGUAGAGUAUUCUGUCCUCCAGGGUGGUGGUUGUGGAGAUGUUCCUUACAAGUGCGCUCUCCUUGAUGACCAUGUCACCCCAGGUAGUUCUUGCCCGGAUGGUGAAAGGGAGUCUGAUGCGGAUGUACGGCUGGAUCACGUAUGUAAGGAAAGUCACAGCCUGGAGCCAACCAUAGAGCAAGACGACAACGUGAAGGAGCCUUCUCUAGGGGCUGGUGAUGAUCUUUCGUGGAGAAGUUCUGCAAAAGAUGCUAAAGCAAAAGGUCUUGUGGAUGUGCAUCAAGGAUGUGAAGAAAGAAGCAACCUUGUGUCUAUUGUAGAAGUAGAGAAGAACGUAGUGGAGCCUGCACUUAUAGCUGACGAAGUUCUUGCAGAUGAUCCUCCAGAAAAUGUGCAAGAAGAUGUGCAAGGAAAGUGCGGUGUUGCCGUAGUCCCCACACAAGAAUAUGACAGGAUUCUGGUCCCUCCACAGGUUGAAGUAGCCAACAAGUAUGCUGAGGUGCCUUCUCUAAGAGCUGGUGAUCAUGUUGCCAUCCUUAGAGAGGAUCCCAUGUUCAAUAAUAAUGGCACAGGUUCGUCCAGAAUUGAAGGAAAAUGUGCUCAGCAUGUGCUAUGUGGAUGUGAGCAGACUAGCGUCCUGGGACCCGAUGAAUACAAUGAUGUUGACACCGAGUUCUUUGCCCAGGUCAAGGGCAGAUUCAUUAUUCCCCUCGGCCAUGAUGGAGUGCUAGGUGAUAGCUCCACUCCCAGUCUUCGUUCCUGUGGAUUUCCAAGGACGCACAAGCAUGAGAACUCUUGUGGCACUGUUGAGCAUGAAGGUGGUGGCUCUCUUCGCCAUAAUAAAGAGGCAGAAGGUCCAAUGACAACGGUUGUUGGAAACAAUGAUGAUAGCGGCGAUGUGUCUGGUGUUAAGCAUGCACACUGCCCGGCCAGUGUUACUACCACUGGCAUAGUUGUGAAGGUCAACAUGGGUGGUGGGGAUGGUGGCGCCAGUGCGAAUUGCUCAGUGAUUCCCGAUGCCAUGUGCGGUUUAGAUGUGCAGCCGGUUCAAAGACAACAGAGUGGUGGAGGCAGUAGUUGUGAAGGUGCGGCUAAGAAUGACAAGGCCAAGGAUUCUGCCUGUGAUGCCAGAGUCAGCAGUGAACUUGAUGAUGUAGUUAAGGAGAGUGGCAUUUCAAUUCUUGGUUUGCAGGGCACAGCAUAUGGAAAAGGCAACGAGUGCCCCAGGCCUGGUGUUGAAGCGACUAGUAAUGACGAACGCCAUGCUCUUGUUGGGGAGGGCAAGAGUGGUAAGAUGAGCAAUUGGAAUGAUGCACAAGGUCCAGGUGCCAGUUGUUGCAAUGCUCUCUCUGGCAGUGACAGUGGAUUGGGGAAGCAUCUGCCAGGUAACAGUGCCGGUGGUAUUUGUGUGCAACGAUCCAAGGGUAAAGGUGUACAUGUAUUUUUGUCCGUGAAAGAUAAGAGCACCAUCGCAGGGGCCCAAAAGCACGAAUUGGGACAUACAGCUAGUUGCUCACAAGAUGCUUCCCCAAGAGUGGUGUCUAUUGCUCCGUCUUUCUCUGUGCGCCUCUGUCCAUCCCUGAAAGACAGUACUGUUGUAGUAAAUCCUCGCCAUGGCUCUAAUACUUUUGCACACACUAUGGAGAAUGAUGAUCGGAGUUCCAGAGGACAAGAUGGCAACGGAGUUGGAGUCGGUGCUGAUGGAGAUGAUGUCCCUAGGCUUGGCAGGGAUGACCAUCACAUAGACGAUAUGGGUGAACACAGAGCCAUUGUUUACCCAAUUGGACGAGACCUGCAUAGGUUUGAGAACAAGGGCUGCAACUCAGAAUCUGCAAAAGCAGAACAGCACGAGGUAAAACAGCAACUGACGUGCCCAGUGGAUGAUUUGAAGAGGGCACUGUCUGUCCCCUACAAAUUCCAUUUGCGGCUAUAUGCCUCAACAAAGGAAGCACAGGCUGCUGCAGCACAUUGUGUCCGGUCCUUGGAAGGAUAUCGACCAGCCAUUUGGAAGCAGAUUGGCAAAAACCGUCGAUCAAAAUCUCCUGGAGCUGUGGCACUUCACAGCAUGCCUAUCUUCAGGAGCUGGUUCCAGAAAAGUGUGCUAGGGCAUAUAGAGAAAGGGCAUGUGGAACUGGAUGUGGUGGUAGAGGAUUGGGAGGGAAACAGAUGGGCGAUGACUUGGCACCAUCGUAAAAGCAUGUUGCUGAAUGGGUGGGCCAACCUGAUGAGUUACCAUUCACUUGCAUUUGGAGAUUUCAUUGUUUUUGAAGCAGUUGGACCAUCGCUGUUGAAGAUUUUUGCAUUUUGUGUGGGGGAUGGGGAAGAUGGGUAUGGUGAGAUUGAGGAACAGGAAGGCGAUGGAGGGUAUUGGAGGGGCAAACGAUUAUUGGAGGCCAGGAAAAGGCGGCGACAGGCAAAGCGAAGAAAAGGUGGCGUAGUACCACUUCCAAAUCAGCAGUCUCCUGAUUCAGGGCUGCAUCGUUCCUCUGUGAUCAACCCAGAUUAUGGGCACGAUCAUCUUAAUGGACGCAAUGAGGGUGAAAGUGGAGGGCAUGCGAUUCGAUUGCUGAGUAACAAAGGCAUUUUUCCAUGUAAACGAGAGAGAGGAGCACGUGCAUCUCAAGUUCUAGAGACACAGAUUAGCACCCAGGAUGAUCUUGUUGAUGAGCAGACGGAACGUCGGCGAAGUAACAGGAGGAAGAGGGUUAAGAGAAUUGUUGCAGCAUUGUUCCAGAAGAAGAUGAGGGUAGAGAAGGAGAGGGAGGAAAGCAAGGAAGCUGCAAUGAAACGAAAGGACACAAAAUGCAGUGACCAGUAUGUUACAUUGCGAAGACAAACAUUACUCGAGGAGAGAAAGAAUGUGAUGGAAAGGGUGGAGGCAUUUGAUUCUGAGUAUCCCACUUUCGCUUGCAAGAUGACGCCUUCUGUGCUUCGGAAUUGGCUGGGAGAAGAGGGUUCGACAGACGACGAUCGACGAGAUGUACGGCUGCAGUGGAUCUACGUGAAGGGGUUGGCAUUCAACGCCUUCCGAGGUCUGGAGUUCCAGAGGGUUCGGCGGGCGGCAAAGAGAGUGCCGCGGACAGGUCAGCUCCGGUUUCCCUUGUACAGGGUCACAGUGGGCAUCGGGAUCCCUUCGCAGAGGGGGAAGGUGGCGUCGAUGGUGAGCGAGGUGCGUUCUGCUUUCCGGCACACCGGUGCCACCAUCCUCUCGGACUGGAGGAAGUCGCACAGCGGCAAGCUGCUAGUGAACUUCCUCGCCGGGGGCGCCAACAACGCCCUGCUGUACGCCACCGUCGCACGUGACGGGUCUGUCCGUGACACUGCGGAUAUCGUGUACCGCAGGUGGCGGGCCAUCAUCUUGUCCUUUCCUGCAAAGGACAUGAUCGGCUUCUGCACAGACUCCACCAGUAACUAUACGGCGGCAACGCGCAGAUUCGCCACAGACGAGGACCCUUCCAUCAGGAGGAUCACUUGGCUUCCCUGCUCCACCCAUGUCUGCAACUUGAUGUUGUCAGAUAUCGGGACGCGAGUGGGGUGGGUCAAGGACACCAUCAUCCGUGCACGAGUGUUAGUGCGAUUUAUUAAAUCGCACGGUGCUGCUCACGCCCUGUUUAGGAAGGUGAGCCCUCGCGUUCAGCUCGUCGAGCCCGUCGUGACACUGUUCGCAUCGGUUUUUCUGAUGCUGACGUGUCUCGACGGCCGACGAGACGCGCUGGAGAGCAUGCUGCACGGGGAUGCUUGGGCAUGCAUCCCGUGGGAGCGUAGGCUUGUCGCCCAGGCGCAGUGGGUGCAGCAGCUGAUCUGCGACGGGGAGUUUUGGCGAUGUGUCGACUACGCCAUCCGUGUCAUGGCGCCCGUCCACCAGCUGCUGCGGAGGAUGGAUAGGAGGGGGAUGAUGAUGUCCAUCGUUUACGAGUGGAGUCAGAAUGUUCUGCAGCUGAUGAGGAGUGUCGACGUGCCAAUGGACAUGAUCGAGCCGUGCGUGCGCGAGGUUGCUAUCCGCAACCUCCACAUGCUCGAGCCCGCACAUGCCACGGCACACCUCCUCAACCCUCGUCGACGGUCCCUUCGGUAUUACGAGUCGUUGCAGACGACCAGUGACGACGCCCGUGUGGUCGAGGAGUGCGACAAAUUUCUCCUCGCACAGACCGGCGGAGAUCCGGUCAGCAGACUGUAUAGGACCGUUCGCGACCAGAUGAGGCAUUUCCAUUCGAGGCGAGGAGACUGGGGAGAUCGGCAGCUGUCCGAUGCUGAGGCGGAUGAUUGUAGGGGAGACAGCGAGACCGAGCGAUGUGCGGCGUGGUGGUUUGCCCAUGGACGUCACCACCCGGAGUUGCGUACCAUCGCCAUCCGUGUCAUGCACUUGUGGACGUCCGCCUCUCCAGCAGAGAGGAAUUGGGCGCAGCACAAGCGCAUCAACACGGCGAGGCGCUGCAAGCUUGGGUUUGCCAAGCUUGCAGAGCUGGUUGAGAUUGCCACCAAUCUCAAACUGGCCGCGCGCGCACAGCAGGGUGGUGGCUUCGUGUUGCCAUGGGUUCUGGGGACCGGUCGGGAGGAGACGGCGGGAGAGGAGGAGGAUGACGAGGCAGACGUGGAGCCCGAGGUGUGGGGAGCGCGACCUGUUGGCAGUGUUCGCGAGCAGGAGAUCCAGCGGCAGGUCGUCGCUUUCCAUGACAGCCGACCGUCCAGAGCCCGUGCGGUUCAGGACGUGUUCGGCCAGAGGGCGACGGAGCUGCGACCGUGGCCAGAGGCGGUUGACGAUGGUCCGGACGGCAGAGCGGGUGUACUUCACUUACGAGGGGAUGGUCGUCGUGGACGACGUCCGAGUGCGGCCGACAUGUUGGAGCAGGAGCCACAGGGAGGCCUUCAGACGACGGGCAGGCGGUGGGAGGUUAGGAGCGACAUCGAGCACGAGAGGGAGGCCGAGGAGGAGGAGGUGCCCCGUCAGGAUCGUCGCUACUCUCCCUCCCAUCAUCGGACCACUGCACCGCCCGAGGCACUUAGGCGUUCGGAGAGGUUGGCGUCGACAGCAGGGAGAGAGCGGACGCAUGACAGCGAGGAGCGUGAGGGGGAGAGGACUCCUUCGGGCUCCGGUAUUCGCCCCCGCUCACCGUCGGAGCUCCGUACAGACGACUUUGACGUCGGACACACAGGUGGGGGCUUGGGGGAUUUCAGCGCCCCGGGACGUCGGCAUGCCUCAUCGUCGGAGGUGCAUACCGACGACUUCGAUUUGCGGGGCCGUGUUGAGACCGAGGAGCGGGAUGCCCGCCUGGACCGAGAGGAGGAGCGGCUGCGGACUUUGCCAGGAUGGGAGGCAGAGGUCGCCGCCGGCCAAGCAGCGUUGGACGCGAUUCAGAGGCAGCGAGAUACGGUUGCUGCACAAGCGGCAGAGGACGAGGACGCAGACACAGAGUUCGAGCCGCUCGAGAGUGUGGUCCGCAGAUGCAGAGCGGCCGUGGCCGCGGCAGCCGCUGCAGCACAGGCGGCAUACAUCAGCGGUGCGGAGGGCACAGGUGCCGAAGGGAGAGGAGGGCGCUCGGGAGGACAGCAUGGCUGAUCGUCCUCCGGGAGAGGCCUCGCGCGUCCUCCUGCGGGGAGGGGCACGGGCCGCUCUUCUGGGAAUAGAUGACGACGUCAGUGGUGUUUUUUUUAUUUCAUUACUUUUUUUGUUUUUGGCUGGACAUUUUUUUGGCAGGGUAGUUCCAUAUUUAUGUUGAUGUUGUUCCAUGGAGAUGACGACGUUAUGUGGGCGUUAGGUUUUUUUUUUUUUUUUUUUUUAGCUGCUCGGUGUUACGGUAGAGACGAUGGCGUCGAGGGGUGCGGUUUUUGGCUUUGGCCUUGUACAUACGCAUUUCCAUUGAAAUACUUUGUCACUGAUUUGUUCUUCUCCAUGUUCCUCUUCCACCCUCGGUUUUGCAUAUGAGUCGCUGUUGCUUGGUGAGCGGUUUCUGGUUUGUUGUCGUAAAUGUCCCCGACACAGCGGGUCUUUGUCGGAUGCCACACACAUGCAUGUCAUGGUUGCCCCUAUUAUGAAUGUGUUGUGAAUUUCGUAUGCCAAACAGGGAUGAUAUGCUAAUGAAUGUCAACUUUCACG